CGACAAAUGACACUUGACUAAUUUCGCUGCUUUGAUUGGUCGAGAGGGCUCCUAUUUAGAAGUAGGGUAAAGGUUGUUUGUGAUUGGUAUUGUGUCCUCUGGUGUGAUAAUAAUGCUGCUCAACAAGAUGCUCAGAGCUGGUGUGCGGUGUGGGAUCCGUCUGCAGAGCUCUGCUACAGCCAGUGUUAUAGCAUCUUCCAGCAGCCCUGCACCAUCCCUCGGCUUCUCGUUUGAGCUCAAUGAUCAGCAAAAGGAGUUCCAGCAGCUUGCGAGGAAGUUUGCACGAGAAGAAAUCAUUCCUGUUGCUCCCACUUAUGACAAGAGUGGAGAAUAUCCUUUCCCCAUCAUCAAGAAGGCAUGGGAGCUUGGUCUGAUUAACGGUCACAUUCCACAGGAAUAUGGUGGAAUGGGUUUGUCAAGCUUUGACACUUGCCUCAUCACAGAGGAGCUGGCUUAUGGCUGCACAGGGGUACAGACUGCCAUAGAGGCAAACUCUCUGGGACAAAUGCCUGUCAUUAUUGCUGGCAGUGAUGCACAGAAGAAGAAAUACCUGGGAAGGAUGACUGAGGAGCCCCUUAUGUGUGCUUACUGUGUCACAGAGCCCGGGGCAGGAUCUGAUGUGGCUGGUAUCAAAACACGAGCUGUGAAGAUGGGUGACGAGUAUGUUGUUAACGGGCAGAAGAUGUGGAUCACUAAUGGGGGGAAGGCUAACUGGUACUUCCUGCUUGCUCGCACUAACCCAGAUCCCAAAUGUCCAGCCAGCAAGGCUUUUACUGGAUUCAUUGUGGAUGCAGACAGUCCUGGAGUUCAAGUAGGAAGGAAGGAGAUGAACAUGGGCCAGAGGUGCUCUGACACAAGGGGCAUCACCUUUGAGGAUGUGAGGAUACCAAAGGAGAACGUCCUGAUUGCAGAAGGAGCUGGCUUCAAAAUUGCCAUGGGUGCAUUUGACAAUACAAGGCCACCAGUGGCGGCAGGAGCAACCGGCCUGGCACAGAGAGCACUUGCUGAAGCUACUAAUUACGCUAUGGAGAGGAAGACCUUUGGCAAAGUAAUUGCUGAGCACCAAGCUGUGUCCUUUCUCCUGGCAGAGAUGGCGAUGAAGGUGGAGCUGGCCAGGUUGGCGUAUCAGCGGGCUGCCUGGGAAGUAGAUCAGGGCCGCAAAAACACCUACUACGCCUCCAUUGCCAAGGCCUUCGCUGGGGACAUCGCCAAUCAGGUGGCCUCUGAUGCUGUUCAGAUAUUUGGAGGCAACGGAUUCAAUAGCGAGUACCCUGUAGAGAAGCUGAUGAGGGAUGCAAAGAUCUACCAGAUCUACGAGGGCACAGCUCAGAUCCAAAGACUCAUUAUUGCCCGAGAACACCUGGGAAGAUCCAAGAAGUGAAAUCAGUCAGCAGCCUGACUCAUCCGCUUUUAAAUGUAUCUUUUUCUAGACAUAAUGCACUUGUUUCUGUACAAUAGGUCUGGCCUCUUAAACUCAGGAUGGGGAUCAGAAUGUUGAAGCCUUAUUGCCACUUCAUCAUGCUGUGCUUUUCCAGACUAAUCCAUGUCAACAAGACCUGCCCAUCAGAAUUACAGCCUCCUUUGACCAGAAGUCACACUUCAGGAGGCCAUAGGUCACCUCAGUUCAGCAAGUCAGAGAAUGACACAGCUACUUCACGUUUAUAGAACACCUUUGACUGUUUCUGUUAAUUAUAAGAAAAAAUAGUUUAGCAUUACUAUGAUGGCAUUUUCCAGUUGCCUCUUAUGUUAAGUUUCUGCUGCUCAACCUGAACUGAUGUGACUUAAGUUGGAAAAAUGAAGCACUUAAAUAUUAAUUAUAAAUAUAAAUGAUUGCCUGUCUCUGUACUUGGACUGACCCUCAGCCUUGCAGUCCUUUUUUAAGUGUGAGUGAUGUUUGGUCACAUUUCCUCUUCUGUUUUGCAGCACAAACUUCUAAAAUGAUAAUUUGAAUCCUGCCUUAUUCUAAGCCCUUGAUAUCAGUUCUACUGCUUUCUGUUCUACAUUUCAAAUGAAUGUCCAGUGUAAACGCAUCAGGUUCACGCCUCACCUCUGCAGACAAGGCAAGUGUGGAUAAGAUGUAAAUAGACUGCAGUCCAGUGUAACAUAAUGGAGAACUCUUCUGUGUUUGCUCUCACUGAAUAAACUAUUUCAUCAAAUCUA